AUGGAUGGAAGUGGAACAGAUAAUAAUGAAGAUAGGCUGAGCAGCUUCCCAGAUUAUGAGGAUAGGCUGAGCAGCUUGCCAGAUUCUUUGCUAGAUGAGAUACUCUUGAAUCUCUCGACAAAGAAUGUGGUUAGAACUAGUGUCUUAUCGAGGAGAUGGGGAAAUCUCUGGAGAUGUGUACCUGGUUUGGACUUGAGCUGUGAUGAUUUCCGGGAAUACAACACUUUUGUGAGUUUUGUCGAUAGGUUUCUAGGUUUUAACAGCGAGUUGUGCAUAGAAAAUUUCAAGUUAAAGCAACAGUUAGAUAGUGCUCAUUUCACGCGGUGGAUCAACGAUGUUGUUAAGCGGAGAGUUAAACAUUUGUCAGUUAUUUCCUAUCGUUGGAGGAUCAAUGAAGUCCAUAUACCUUCAACAGUUUACACUUGUGAGAGCUUGGUAACCUUGGAGCUCCGUUACGUAAUCUUGCCUGAUCCCAAGUCUGUGUUUUUACCUUGUCUCAAAGAUAUCUCUCUCGUUCGAGUUAAGUUUGCAAACGAUUUGGCUUUCGAAAGGCUCAUCUCAGGCUCUCCACUUCUCGAUAGAUUUAUCUCUAGUGAUGAUCAAUGCAUGUGGCAAUGUAAAGUGUUUACGCUACGCUACCUCAAGCUCUCUGACUAUGAUACAACAUGUGUCCCAUGUUUCAUAGUAAAAGAUCUUGGAUCCCUUGUUAAGGUGGAUAUGGAUAUUGUGUUUAAGCUGGGUUAUGGAAGGAGUUUCGAUCCGAAUGAUCUACCAAAGAUUAACAUGAUCCGUGAUUUCUUCAAAGGGAUCUCCACUGCUAAAGAUAUGGUCAUCUCUUCACGUACCCUCGAGGUCAUUUAUGAAUCUUACCUAAGAUGUCAACCACUGCCACUAUUUCUCAACCUAUCUUCCAUGCGUGUCACCGAUUACAAGUGGCAAAUGUUACCAGCUUUUCUUGAGAGCUUCCCGAAUUUAAAAUCUCUCGUCGUGAAAUCUAGUGGAGACGUGGAGAAGAAGGAAGGAAUUAGUACUUUAUCUGGACGUCCAUGUUUCCUAUCAUCUCUUGAGUAUGUUGAGAUAGAAAGGUCAUUGGCGGGGUUAGUGACUUAUUUUCUUGAGAACUCAACACUAUGUUUGGAUGAUUCCAGAAAGGAAGGUGAACCUGUCAUCCUCAAAAGACCCCUUAUACCACUCCAAGAUUCUCUGCCUCGAGAAAUUGACUCUGUUCUUGGAUAA